AUGGUUCAAGCAAUGGCAAGCAAAUACAAUUUGAAGUGGAACUCACAUCAUGCUGAGACAUUCUUCAACUUUGAUAUUUUACGGAGUAGAGAGAGGUUUGUGGAUAUCACUCUCUCUUGUGAUGGGCAGACUUUAAAGGCUCACAAAUUGGUGUUGUGCUCAGGAAGCCUCUUCUUCGAGAAACUCUUGCAGCGAGAUGACAGCUGCAGCAGUUGUCCUAUUGUCCACUUUCACGGAGUAGACAUGAUGCAUCUUCGGCUUCUGGUGGACUUCAUGUAUUUGGGUGAAGUUGAUGUGCCAUCAAGUGAGUUGGAGCAGUUCAUCAACUUAGCUGAUGCCUUGGAAGUGAAGGGACUGAAAGGAAAUGGGUCAAAGCGAUCUGCUUUGGCCAGCUCACAUAAGAAAACUGACACUGGCCUUCCUCCAGUUUGUGCAAGAAGCCCUGCAUUUACAAGAUCAUUUGAUGGAAUGAAUGUAGCAAGUCCUUCUGAGUCAACUUUUAGUACUCCUGGAAAGCGGAAACUCUCAAAGGGAUUGGGAAGCAGUCUAGAGGUACAAGACACUCUAGCUGGGCCCUCAACUUCUAGUUCUCCUAUACCUGAGAAAAGGCCAAAAGCAGAAACUAUUUCUGACAUCCUUCAGACAUCUUGUGCCAAUGCUGGUAGUGGGAAAUCGCUACCAGAGGUAGCUAUGAAGUCAGAGGCUGAAGAAGCUCCAGAUAUGGACCCUGAUGAAGAAGUGAACUCAACCCAUUGGCCUGGAGAUGGAGCAGGGGCUGCUGAGAGCAUAGAAGAGCUUGAUCCUAAUGAAUUUCCUGCCAACAUCCCCCCUGAAAUAGACCCAGUUAGCGUGAGACGGGGAAACCAUGGGGUCUGGUCUGGCAGGGACGUCAGCAUUGGCUGCAAGGUCUACCUCUGUACCUACUGCCCCUAUAGGUCCCCAUACAGCAGCCAUGUUGUGUCUCACAUUCGAACUCACACAGGCGAAAAGCCUUUCAAGUGUGAUUUGUGUUGGAAAACUUUUGUUCAGAAUGGGAAAAAUAAAACCAACAUGGAGGAGCAUGCUAGGACACACACCGGGGAGAAGCCCUUCCAGUGCCAGGUCUGCUUCAAAACUUUCUCCAAAAAGGGUAAUGCAAAGAUCCACGUCGUGAACGUCCACAGAGUACAACCCAACAGUGAGAACAUCCUCUUUGUCACUCGAUGA